AAAAUGGACACUGCUAAAGACGAAGAUACCGAUAUAAAGCCACAAAGAUCAACAUGUGAAAAGGUUGUUGAAACUGGCUUCCUUGUAGCCACAUGGCUAGCUCUCGGUUUAUAUCUUGAGAUAUUUGGUCCAACAUUGAUUGAUCUCAAGAUCAAACUGAACACCGACUAUGAAAAUAUAGCCGUGGCCGUGUCUGGCAGGAUGGUCGGACUAUUUCCUGGUUGCGUAUUUGGUGGACUUCUGGUGGACAAGUUCAGGAAAUACUGCCAUCUCAUGUUGGCUGUUUGUUUAGAUGUAGCAGCAGUAGUAACAGUGUUUAUACCAUGGUCACCAAACGUGGAAGUUCUGUGGUUUUUGUGUUUUGUGGGCGGCUUUGUAGAGUCAAUUGUCAACAUUGCGGGACAGCGUCUUAUACUGAAGCUUUGGUUAGAGAAGGCUGCAACCCCAAUGAUUCUUCUUCAUUCGGGUUACGGGUUUGGUUCAUUUUUAAUCCCACUAUACACAAAUCCAUUUCUAGCAGUUAAACGAGAGGAUGUUGAGAACACCACCUUGACUGACUCAUAUAAUAUCUCAACAACUCCUGCAAACGUUAUGCUAAAUAGUACAGUCCCGUCAGAGUAUAUAACAGAAUCGCGGAUAGAAUAUUCAUAUGCAAUCUCUGCAGCACUAGUUGCUUUGCACUCAAUUACAUUUUAUAUCUAUCAAAUUCGUGAAAGGCGAUAUCAAACAUUCUGCAGUAAUGAGGUUGAAACAAUUAAUACAGAAAAGCCAGUGGCAGAAAAAGCAUUCGAGGAUCGAACCUUUCUGCAACUAAUAAAUCCCGCUACGUGUGCAGGAGGUCGGAUGUGUUACGGCAUCCAGAUUUUCGUCCUUCUGUUCUUUUACUUUGGAAAUGUGGGUGGUGGUGAACGGGUCAUUGCCGGAUUUGUUCGCAGUUAUUCCAUUGACCAGCUGGAUUUCUCGAAAGACAGCGGCUCGUAUAUCAACACCUCUUUUUGGAUCAGCUUUUUGAUUGGCCGGAUUACCUUUUCAGUUGCAGCCAGAUGGAUUUCGGUGCGAAUUUUGGUUUUAAUAGAAUCUGGCGGAUUAACGAUUGUUGCGAUUCUAAUGACAAUCUUCGCGAGACAUAAUUCUUUAGCUUAUUGGAUAUUGGUACAACCACUCGGUAUAUUUCUCGCGCCUCUGUGGCCGUCAGGUGUGGCAUGGGCAGACUUACACCUUGAAUUAACGGGGAUGGGAAUGAUGCUUCUACUUCUUGGUGGCUCUGUCGGUGGAAUUGGGCAUCUAAGGUUAAUUGGAUAUUUAUAUGAACAUAUUGGGUAUCAUACGUUUCUGUACCAAGUACUUGGGUACGCUAUCUUGUCUUUUGUAAUUGCAGUAUCACUUGAUCUAACCGGAGCCCAGCACGGAAGUAGAUUUACCUGGAAUAAAAAGGACAGCGACAACGUAGUUGAAAUGGAAAAAGUCGGAGAGAAUAACGUUCUUGAAUCAAAGAAAUUAUGAAUAUAGUGUGUUAAUUCUUUCCUAUAAUACUGUUGAAUGAAUAUCUUAUUUGGAACGUCACUAUAAAUAGUUACAAUUUCAGAUGACGCAUCUUUUGUUUUGCCCAAGUAAUAUCGACACAUUUGAUACCGGCACGUUGGAACGCCAACUCGUUCUGACGCUGACGUCGUUUAUAAUGCAACAUAUAUAUUCAUAAUGUCAGUAAACUUAUAGGUGUACGUUUUGGCUAGUAUACCCCAAACCAAAUACAGAAUCCUAUAAGUAUCCAACAGAAGUUGAAGUGCUAUCAAACAAUAGUUUCAAACAUGAACAUCGGGGAUAAAUUAUCAAUCAUGAUAUAUUUAGUGUUCAAAUUGACCAUAUAAAUAUGUUCAGUCCUUCUUUAUGUAAGUUCACACUUAGUUCAAAUUAGAACUGAAUUAUAUUUGGAUUCCAUUUAUAAGUUGAGUACCGGUAUGUCCCUGAUUACUUACUUUGAUCAUAUCUGAAUGUUUUGGUUUUCAUUUGUUAUAAAUAGAUCGGAAUUAUACAGCAAUAAUUAAUGACUAAGCGUUUUGACCUAUAUAAACACAAAUGGACUUCUUGCAGCUAGCGAUUCUCGGAUGACUUGCAAGAAGUCCUAAAGAUUAUGGUUUAUACCCGUUCAAAUGUAUAUAAAGUUACAUUUAAUCCUUAUAACUCAAAAUUUUAUUAGUUAAAAUUUGUUGUUGUUGUUGAUAAUAUAUAUUUACGUCUUAUUUUAUCUACUGCAAAGCGUUAAACUAUCACUGAUUCUUUUUAAACGAAGCUGUACAUAGGAGUAAAUGCUGGAAAGUAUAAUAUAAGAUAAUGCAUAGAAUCAAAAUGGUAUUAUGGUGGUAAAAGACCAAAUUAAGUCAGAACAUUAAUCUAAUAAGUACAUUUCAAUUAUAUCUAUAUAAUCUGAUUACAUUUUUCAUGGACUGAAAUAAAAACAUCAUGGGAAGGUUUCUUGUUUUGGUAUACAUGUAUAUGUUAAAAUGAGUCUAGAGUUAGUUUAGUCAAUUGCGUCCUUUUAAUUGACAUAUGGUAAUCAUUUCUGUGGAUUGUACCUACGUAAAGAAAAGGAAUUUCUAUCAAAAGUACCUAGCUAAAGAUAAAUUGUUUUCUUUCCAAGAGUAUCAGAAAAUCAAAAAAAGUGUACUUUUAGGCCGGAGCGCAAUUCACGAAGCGCUGGAGGAAGCAAAGAAUUGGAAUAUUUCGUUUAUUUGGGGUUGUAUUUUGUAUCCAUUUAAUUGUUUGUAUUUUCAUUCUUAUACAAUCGAUCUUUGAAACUUCUAAAUAGGACAGCCAAAAAGACCAGCCUACGUUUCAUGAAUAUUUAUCAAUAAGUGAGAUAUUCAUGAAGCGGAUGUGUGGAUAUAUUUCAAUUUGAUGCGUUUUAAUUUUUUCAAUUUCCUUCUUAUCGAUCGUUCAGACUAUUAAGAUCAAAUAUAUAUGUCCUCUGAAAUGUUUUAUAAAGCUGCAUGUUGUACAAAUGACAUAGUAUUUGCUUUAACAGACAAACUUUGAAUGAAGUUUCCUCUGUUUUAACCCAAUUGACCUGGCACAAUGAUGUACCAAAUUCCGCACCACCAGUUCUCUGAAUGCUUUGAUUUCCGUAUGAGUCUUAAGUAGAUUAUUUCAAUUAUUCAUGUUUUAAAUGCGCUGGACCUACUGAUACUAUCUACCGACGUACUUGUACCUAUCAGUAUUAACUUGUACUUUAAUUAAAAACUGAUAGCUUGUGAUGAGCGUACGGUGAAAGCUUAACUUGCAUAUAUAUUAAACAAAAAGUGUAACGAAAGACAUUGUGGAUGUUACACAAAGUGUUGCAAAUGUAUGUUUAGUGACAAUGUAUAUAAUAUUUGGUAAGAGCAGGGAUAUCCAUGUGUUUUGUCAAUUAUGCAUUGGCGAUUGAUUACUAAUUUUAUUCAUAUAUAUAUGUUAAUGAUACGAGGUACACAAUUGUGAUCUCAUUAUAUUUUGUACAACUAUGCAAGCAUGUUAUAAAUUUUUUCAGUAGUGUUUGCUUAAUUCAUAAUACAUUGUUUUAAAACAUAUUAUCUUUCUACAAGUUUAAAUUAAUUUCAAAACAUAUAUACAUAUGUAAUUAACGUCAAGUCAGUGCAUGCUCUCUUUCUUAACAUGAUAACGUUUACACUAAUAAAUCGUGCACUACAAACUCGACAGUAUUUGUAGCUAAGACAGGUUGUUAUGUCAUUUAGAAUAUAUUUAUGGUGUUGAUUCCUUUUGCAACUUUAAAUGAUUCUUCAAUAUAAGCAAAAACACUAUUCGACAUAAAAGUGGGACAUUUUCAUACACAUCUAGUUUAUGAUAAUAUGCGAAACCGGAAUUUAAGAUUGUUCAUUCAGGAUUGUUGAACCAUCAGAAUUUAGUUCUGAAAACCGAAACGACCAACGAAUUUUUGACAUAUUUACGUGUUUAUAAAAUAUUUGUCAUUGUAAUCAGAUUUUUGACAUAUUUACGUGUUUAUAAAAUAUUUGUCAUUGUAAUCAGAUGUGUUGUUUAUGUGUGAGUUUUUUUUUUCGGAUUCAGUGUUCUUUCUCCUAAACUGGUGUUAGGGGAUUCGUUGAGCAUUAAACUAGCUCUCAUGGACAGGCUUAAUCAAAUCGAGUUUUCUUU